AUGAUGCGUCUCAAAGGCGCCGGCUUCUCGGCCAUUGCGAACGCGUUUCGCGAGCGUGAGAAGCGGUUGGGCGGCGGCUUGCCUCUGUUAGACUUCGUAGAGAUCGUGCUGCCUGGACUGCCUCGACCGAAGAACGCAGCGGAGAAGGCUGCGAGUGUGAGUGCGCUAAUUGAUCUGUUCGAAGACAUCGACAUCAAUGGCGACGGCGUCAUGGAGUUCGAGGAGUUCACGAGUUUCUGCGUCGACGCCGGGAUGGUGGCGACUCGAACUCAGAUCGCGUCACUCAAGCAUCGGUACGAGCGCGACACGAAGAAGGCGCUGAAGACGACGGCAGCCACAGCUCUAGUUGCCCCCAAUUCCAACGUACACGUCCCCACAAGCGCAAAUACAGCGGCUAACCCACUCAGUACGAGCAUCGAGAAGCUCAGGUGGUCGGCCGAGUUCCGCAUGUUCCUGGUGGUGGAGAACACCGCGCGCUCGGUCAAAGUUUUCAUGAGCGACGGCAAGUUCGUGACUGAGGUGAGUGUGGCGAGUGAGAAGCAGACGCAGGCGAAUGGAUCCGCUGCGGCGUCAGUAGCUGGCAACAGCGGAGUGCCGUUCAACGACGUGCUUCUAGUAGGCGACGGCGUGACGUUUGUGGCUCCGACGACUGCAGCGCCCCCCUCCGCUUCGAGUGUUUCGGUCUUGGACGCCGUCUUCAUCCACCGCUUCCAGUGGUUGGCCAUCAGCACGACGGACUUUUCCAUUUCAUUCUACGACAUGAGCGAGUCGCGCUUCGCAGCUUCGAUCUCCAGUUUGAGCUUCAGGACGACGAAAGAGUUCGCACUGCUGAAGAACUUGGGGCUCACGACCACCACGGCACAGCUGAUGCUGCGCUUCUGCGAGUCGUCAGCGCUGCUUCUAGGCUCGGGGAACGACUUCAUCGUCAAUGUUUGGAAAGUUAUCGAUGCAGAGACCAAAAUCCUGUGGCGACGGCUUUCGGGCCAUACGGACCUCGUCCUGGACGCGCUUGAGAUCUCACAACACGACUUGCUGGUUAGCUGUGACCUCCGUCAUAGCAUUCAGUUGUGGGAUAUCACUGACGGCCGUCCGCGUGGUUCUCUUGUCGGCCAUGAGCGCGGAGUUCGACAGCUUUGCUACUCGACGCACCACGAUCUGCUACUGAGCGCGGGCUUCGAGUAUGAAGCACUGGCUUGGGAUUUAGGCUCGCGACAAGUGGCUCUCAAGCUGUCUGGCCAUCGCGCACCGCUUGUUGGGAUUCAGCUCGCGCUCUUCCAGACGGAACGAGCCAUCACUGCGGAUUGUCUGGGCAUGUUUAAGGUCUGGGACAUCACGCGAGGCGAUUCGAGUUCCUCCGUUUCCAGCACUUCACACGCUGUUCAGCUUGAAUCGGUGGAUCUGGGGAUGCCAUCGGCGCGCGUGGAGACUCUGUCGUUCCUGAGCAUGCACCCGUACAGGCGGGAUCUCUGGGUAGUGACAUCGGGAAGUUGUACGCUGCAGCAUUUUCGGAGUGUUCGGGUGCAGCAGUUCGACGAGGUGCCGCUCCGAGCGUUCUACCACUACUCGGCCAACAAGUUCGUGGUCGUCGCAGGCUCCGCUUGCAGUCUUUGGGAUGGCGAAACAGGCGCUUGUAGUGAGGAAUUCACUCACGUUGGAAACAUCCGCGCCGGUGGAGCCAAGUCUAACGAGAAGAAAGACGCUGCUCCGUCGGAUCCGGCGGCUGCAGCUUCAAGGGCGCCGAGCAACUCAAACCAUAACGAACCUACUACAGAGCUGCUGACUUGCGCGCAUGAUGCGAAAUGCAGGAAACUUGUCGUGGUGACGGAGCUUGGAGCGCUCGGAGUCUUCAACUGCCAGAACUUCGUGCAGAUGCGUCAGUGCCAGGAGUCAUUUCAGUCAAAAACUCGUGUUCAGCGCAGAAUCUCCGCAGUAAACAAAGCUCCAGUGGUGAAUUCCGCGUCGGCGUGCGCUGUCGUGGGUCUGCACUACUGCUCGGAGAACAAACUCAUCGUUCUGGUGGACGCCGGCACCAGCGCCAUCAUCGUCAUCGAUGAUAAUUCCGACCAGGACUCGUCGAAAGGAAUUGGCGUCCUGCGUCGCCUCAUCAACAUCCCCGGGGGCAUCUCCACCAGUGCGUCCAAUGGUGCCGAGUCCAUAACGGAAGCGGCGGAGUUUGCAGCGCGCAAGAUGUUGCUGAACACGAAAAUGUUUCGGAAAAACGCGUUGACGGCGGUGCCGGUGAUGACGCAGCCGGCCCCAGCCAAGUCGCCGAUGGAGACUUCGUCCGCUGUGACGUGCUUGAAGGUCGUUUUCGACGAGGAGAGUGACCGCUACUUGCUGUUUGUCGGGGACGAGCGAGGCUGCGUGGGGAUUUGGGACCCCUCCGUCAUGAUGCGAAGGUUAUCGCUAGCCAAGAUCCCGGAGAUCAAGUGCAAGUACUUACGACGCGGGUACCAGCCGAAGUCCAUGUUCUAUCGGGACUAUUUGAAAGACUCGGCGGAAGUUGACGGUAGGAACCUGCCGAACCAACGAGACAAACACCGUCUUGCUGUCAGCCAUGGUACUUCUGGAGGGGACUGGAGGGGAGCCAUGCUGCUGGGUGACGACUUGGAGCACAUGAACGUCCGCGCAACGCACACAGACCUCAAAAGGCUAUCAAAACGGCGACAGGAGAAUCGUAUGCCACAUACAACAACUAAUGGCAGUAAGCCACCCUCUCAGCAGCCAGCCGAAACUCCGUCACCUGCUCACGUGAAGGAGGCGGCGGUGGUGAACGCAGUGGCCGCCGCCGAGUUUCUGAUGAACAAGGGAUCGACCUUUUCACUAUCCAAGAAUCGGUCGAUACGGGGUCUCAGCUUAACACAAGCGAGCGCAGGUAUAAACCCGCCAGAGUCGAAGUCCUGGCCGGGAAGCACAUGCCACGAGAGUUUCCCUCAGGACGUGAAGCUGCAAGAACCCGGAGAUCACGAUGCUGGAGGAGGAGAUCAAGAUCAAGAAGUCCCUGACCGAGUCGUCUACAAGCGCAGCGAAGAUCGCAAAGUUUAG